CCGCUGUGAGCGCGGCGGCGGCGGGGCUGCGCCUCUCGCCCCGGCCGGGGCUCCCCUCCAUUGUUCCCGGAGCGGCGGCACCGCGCCGCCGCCGCCGCCCGCGGGGCUCCGCUCGGAGGGGCUGACGGCCCGGUGGAGACCCGCCCCGCGCCCGCCCGGGGCCAGCCCGGGGUCCCCAUGGAGUGGGAGUCGUGGAGCGCAGUCGCCGAGCAGUAGCUGCAGCAGUGGGAUGUUUACCUGGCGGUGCCUCAUCCUUUGGGCUGUGCUGGUCGCAGCCGCGCUCUCCGCUGCCCGGCCGGCCCCCAGCCUGCCCGACCAAGCUCUGCCCAAAGCAAAAAUCGAAGUGGAAUCCUACUCGGCCCACCCCGGUGACCUCCUCCAGCUGCGCUGCCGGCUGCGGGAUGACGUCCAGAGCAUCAACUGGGUGCGCGACGGCGUCCAGCUGGCCGAGAACAACCGGACACGCAUCACCGGGGAGGAGGUAGAGGUCAGGGACGCGGUACCCGAGGACUCGGGGCUCUAUGCCUGCAUGACCAACAGCCCCUCGGGGAGUGAGACCACCUACUUCUCCGUGAACGUCUCAGACGCGCUGCCCUCUGCGGAGGACGAUGAUGACGAAGAUGAUUCCUCGUCGGAGGAGAAGGAGGCAGAUAACACCAAGCCAAACCAGGCCAUUGCUCCAUACUGGACCUAUCCUGAGAAGAUGGAGAAGAAGCUCCACGCUGUCCCUGCCGCCAAAACGGUGAAAUUCAAGUGUCCCUCGAGCGGGACACCCAACCCCACGUUGCGCUGGCUGAAGAACGGCAAAGAGUUCAAACCUGACCACCGCAUCGGGGGGUACAAGGUCCGCCAGGCGACCUGGAGCAUCAUCAUGGACUCGGUGGUGCCAUCUGAUAAGGGCAACUACACCUGCAUCGUGGAGAACAAGUACGGGAGCAUCAACCACACCUACCAGCUGGAUGUCGUGGAGCGCUCCCCGCACCGGCCCAUCCUGCAGGCAGGGCUGCCUGCCAACAAGACCGUGGCCCUCGGCAGCAACGUGGAGUUUGUCUGCAAGGUCUACAGUGACCCCCAGCCACACAUCCAGUGGCUGAAGCACAUCGAGGUGAACGGCAGCAAGAUUGGCCCCGACAACCUGCCCUACGUGCAGAUCCUGAAGACGGCUGGUGUUAACACGACAGACAAAGAAAUGGAAGUCCUUCACUUAAGGAAUGUCUCAUUUGAGGAUGCUGGGGAGUAUACAUGUUUGGCGGGUAAUUCUAUUGGGAUCUCCCAUCACUCUGCAUGGUUGACAGUUCUCGAAGCUAUUGAAGACACCCCAGCCAUGAUGACAUCCCCCUUCUACCUGGAGAUCAUCAUCUACUGCAUCGGGGCCUUCCUCAUCUCCUGCAUGGUGGUGACCAUCAUCAUCUACAAGUUGAAGAGCACCACCAAGAAGACGGACUUCAACAGCCAGCUGGCCGUGCACAAGCUGGCCAAGAGCAUCCCCCUGCGCAGACAGGUGUCGGCCGACUCCAGCUCCUCCAUGAACUCGGGCGUGAUGCUGGUGCGGCCCUCCCGGCUCUCCUCCAGCGGCACCCCCAUGCUGGCCGGCGUCUCCGAGUACGAGCUCCCCGAGGACCCGCGCUGGGAGCUGCCCCGGGACAGGCUGAUCCUGGGCAAGCCCCUGGGAGAAGGGUGCUUCGGGCAGGUGGUGCUGGCAGAAGCCAUUGGCCUCGACAAGGACAAGCCCAACCGGGUGACCAAGGUGGCGGUGAAGAUGCUCAAGUCCGACGCCACAGAGAAGGACUUGUCUGACCUCAUCUCUGAGAUGGAGAUGAUGAAAAUGAUUGGCAAGCACAAGAACAUCAUCAACCUGCUGGGAGCCUGCACGCAGGACGGUGAGGGACCCCUCUAUGUGAUCGUGGAGUACGCCAGCAAGGGCAACCUGCGGGAGUACCUGCAAGCCCGGCGGCCCCCGGGCAUGGAGUACUGCUACAACCCCGCCCGUGUCCCCGAGGAGCAGCUCUCCUUCAAGGACCUGGUCUCCUGCGCCUACCAGGUGGCCCGGGGCAUGGAGUACCUGGCCUCCAAGAAGUGCAUCCACAGGGACCUGGCGGCCAGGAACGUGCUGGUGACCGAGGACAACGUGAUGAAGAUCGCGGACUUCGGGCUGGCCCGCGACAUCCACCACAUCGAUUACUACAAGAAGACGACAAAUGGUCGCCUGCCGGUGAAGUGGAUGGCCCCCGAAGCCCUCUUUGACCGGAUCUACACCCACCAGAGCGAUGUGUGGUCCUUCGGGGUGCUGCUGUGGGAGAUCUUCACGCUGGGCGGGUCUCCCUACCCCGGUGUGCCCGUCGAGGAGCUUUUCAAGCUGCUGAAGGAAGGUCACAGGAUGGACAAGCCCAGCAACUGCACCAACGAGCUGUACAUGAUGAUGAGGGAUUGCUGGCACGCUGUGCCUUCCCAGAGACCCACCUUCAAGCAGCUGGUAGAAGACCUGGACAGGAUCGUGGCCAUGACCUCCAACCAGGAGUACCUGGACCUCUCCAUGCCGCUGGAUCAGUAUUCCCCCGGCUUCCCGGACACCCGCAGCUCCACCUGCUCCUCGGGAGAGGACUCUGUUUUUUCCCACGACCCCCUCCCGGACGAGCCGUGCCUUCCCAAGUUCCCCCCCCAGCACACCAACGGUGGACUGAAGCGACACUGAGGGUGGCACUGGUGGUGGGACCGUGCCGUGCCACGCUGUGCCAUACCCUGCCCUGCCGUGCCUGUGGACGCUGCCUGCGCAGUCUGGUUGUGCUGAGCUGUUGCAGAAGGGGUUCAGAGACACCUGUAGCAUCUCAUGUAACCAAAACCACCCACCUCCUGCCAGCUUCUCCUGCCGCCUCGUGUCAGCUCUCCGCAGCCUAAAGGGUCCGUUCCGGUGUUUUUAUGGCGUUUCCUCCCUUUUUGUUUUUAAAACCUCUUUUCCAUGAAUUCUGUGCUUGAAUAUUCCCACUUGGUUGAGCUGAAAUCGCCUGCCACUGGGGGCAGUGCCUGGCUGGGGAGCCAGACAGGCAUCCCGGGAUGGCACAUCCUGGCAGGGCACGGAGAGCCCAGGGCUGGUCUGCGACUGGGAGAACUUGCUGAGCUGGGAGCAGCACCAGGUUCCUGUGGCUGUGGAAGCUGGGGAGCCUCGGUGUGCUGGGAGCCUUGGUGUGCCCAGAGCCCUGGUGUGCCAGGAGCCCUGGUGUGCCAGGGAGCCUUGGUGUGCUGGGAGCCUUGGUGUGCUCAGAGCCCUGGUGUGCCAGGAGCCCUGGUGUGCCAGGGAGCCUUGCGUGCUGGGAGCCUUGGUGUGCCAGGAGCUUUGGUGUGCCAGGAUCCUGGCUGGCUGGGGCUCCCUCCCUGCCCAGGAUGCUCCGGGGCUGGUCAGCAGGCACAUCACCCAGCACUGCUCAGAGACAGCCACAUCCACCCGUGCUGAACCCAGAGUCCUGUGUACAUAACGAAAAAUAUGUAUAAAUAUGAAUAUAUAUUUACAUGUCUUUUUAAAAGGGUUGUUACCAGAGAUAUACCAGUUUGGUAGGAAGGUACUAGUGGCUGGUAGAUAUCAGUUGCUAUAAAAAAAAAAAAAUUCAUAUAUUUUGCUACUUUUGCUGUUUUUAUUUUUUUAAAUUAUGUUCUAAACCUAUUUCAGUUUAGGUCCCUCGAUAAGAAUUGCUGCUGCUGCUUCAGUUUUAUAUGGGGUUGUAUUAAACAAUAAUAAUAACGUGUCGAUGCCUUUUGGGAAUCCGUUGUCAUUACGUGCCUGGCCUCGCCCUGGCCCCCCCCGUGUCCCCCCUGCUCCCUCCCGGGGCUCCGGCGGGGCUGGGGCCGGGCAGUGCCCGUGGCACCAUAUUGGUGUGUGGGGACAGUGCCCUGGGGAGGGGCUGCAGCCCCUGCCUGGCCCUCAGCUGCCUGUGGGGAGGGACAGGGGGACGCAGGUCACGCUGUGCCCCAGCCGGGGGACGUGCACCCCAUGCAGCCCCCACUCCCCCAGCGGUGCCAGCCAGUGCCUUACCAGCACCUGGGGAGUGGCCUCAUCCCAGCUCUGCCCUUCUGUGCCCCCCCAGAUCUGUCCCAGUGCCUGGCAGGUCGGGGUAUUUCCCUGGCCAGGGCAGCCCCUCACCAGGGCAGGGGCCACGUUUACCCCUUCCCUCCCCGUCACCGGCGUGGGGACGCCGGAGCCAGGCCGCUGUUACUUGAAAAGUUUAUUUUGCCUUUGUAUGGAGAAAUAUUAUUUGUUGUAAACUCUUCUGUAAUGAAUCUGGAAUUCUUGUAAUUAUUAAAGACUUUAACCGCGA